UCUCAAUAUCACUUUUGCUUGUGUUCGUUCAUAUAUGAUAUAUACCCCUCAUUAAAUUUGCCAAUUGCCAUGCCUUUUCCAUUUCUCAAAAUACAAGCAUGAAGUUAUUGGUGUUUCUAUCACUACUUUUCUCUUCCCUCUUUCCAAGUGCAUUUCCACACAAAAUUUCAAGACCAACUUAUGUGAGAAUCGGUUCGAUUUUCUCGCUCGGCACCAUCAACGGCAGGGUGUCGAAAAUCGCAAUGAACGCCGCCGUGGAAGAUGUAAAUUCCGAUCCCACCUUUCUCGGCGGCACCAAAAUAAGCCUCUCCAUAUACGAUUCGAACUACAACGGCUUUCUUGGCAUCAUUGGAGGAUUGCAGUACAUGGAGACGAAGACGGUCGCCAUCAUAGGUCCACAAGUCUCCGGUAUGGCCCACAUUCUAUCGCACCUCGCCAAUCAACUCCACGUCCCGAUGUUGUCCUUCACCGCACUCGAUCCGGGCCUACAAUCUCUACAAUACCCCUUCUUCAUCCAAACGGCCCCUAACGACCUCUUCCAAAUGAUCGCCGUAGCCGACAUGAUAAGUUACUUCGGAUACAGAGAGGUCGUUGUGGUCUGCCCCGACGACGAGCAGAGUCGGGGCAGUAUCAUAGCUCUCGGCGAAAAACUCGCCGAGAGGCGCUGCAAGAUCUCUUACAAGGCGCUUCUCUCGCCCGAGUCUUUAGCCACGAGCGAAGAAAUCAUGGACGUGUUAGUCCAAGUUGCUCUCAUGGAAUCGCGCGUGAUUAUCGUCCAUGCCUUUGCAACUGUUGGCCUCAGGGUUUUCGAUAUCGCGCAUAGGCUUGGGAUGAUGGAUAAAGGCUACGUUUGGAUUGCCACCGCUUGGCUUUCCACGGUAUUGGAUUCGACUCCGGUUUCUGCAGAAAAAGCCGACUCGAUCCAAGGUGUUAUUACGUUCAAGCCUCAUAUCGAGGAUUCUGCGAGGAAGAGAGAAUUCUUGUCUCGAUGGAACAAAUUGAGUAACGGUUCGAUUGGAUUGAACCCUUAUGGAUUAUACGCUUACGAUACCGUUUGGACGAUUGCUAAUGCAAUCAAGAAAUUUAUGGAUAGUGGCGGUGUGAUCUCCUUCUCCAACGACUCGAGUUUGAAUGGCUUAGGAGGGGCUUUGAAUCUUGGUUCUUUAAGUAGAUUCGACGGCGGUAAAGAACUUCUCGCGACGAUAUUAAAAACCAACACAACGGGUUUAACGGGACAAAUUGCGUUCAAUCCUGAUAAAUCGGUUGUACGCCCGUCUUUCGACAUCCUCAACGUGAUAGGAAAGGGGUACAAGCAAAUAGGGUAUUGGACUAAUUAUUCCGGCCUUUCCGUUGUGGGCCCGGAGAUUCUCUACACGAGAGCUCCUAACCGUUCGAGUUCUAACCAACGGUUGUACGAUGUUGUCUGGCCGGGACGGACGACAGUGAAGCCACGUGGAUGGGAGUUUCCUAGGAACGGAAGGCCGUUGAGGAUCGGGAUUCCGGAUAGGGUGAGCUACAAAGCUUUUGUCUCGAAGAACGAGAAGACGAACGAUAUCAAUGGAUUCUGCAUCGAUGUAUUCCUCGCAGCUAAAAACCUACUCCCGUACGCGGUUCCUCAUGAGUUUAUAUUGUUUGGAGAUAAACAGAAGAACCCUAGCUAUACGGAGCUCGUGAGCAUGAUCAACUCCGAUGUGUUUGAUGCUGCUGUUGGUGAUAUAGCGAUUGUGACAAACCGGACGAAGAUUGUGGACUUUACGCAACCGUAUACAGAGUCGGGGCUAGUCGUGGUAGCACCGGUGAAGAAGUUGAACUCGAGUCCUUGGGCAUUUAUGCGUCCUUUUACUCUAUCGAUGUGGGCCGUCACGAGUGUUUUUUUCCUCAUCGUUGGAUUUGUUAUUUGGAUUCUCGAACACAGAAUAAACGACGAGUUUCGCGGUCCGCCGAAGAAACAGUUCAUCACAAUUUUAUGGUUUGGAUUCUCAACUAUGUUUUUUGCACACAGAGAAAACACAGUGAGCCCAUUGGGCCGUAUGGUGCUACUGAUAUGGCUAUUUGUGGUUCUAAUAAUCACAUCAAGCUACACAGCCAGCUUGACUUCAAUCUUGACCGUCCAACAAUUAGCACCAUCCAUCAGAGGAAUCGAGUCGAUGAUCACGAGCAACGAACGCAUCGGAUUCCAAGUUGGAUCGUUCUCCGAGAGUUAUCUAACGGAGGAACUCAACAUAGCACAAUCUAGGCUCAUUCCUUUAGGAUCCCCCGAAGAAUACGCAGACGCGUUUAAUGAAGGGAGAGUUGCUGCAAUUGUGGACGAGCGCCCGUACGUCGAUUUGUUUCUGUCGAAAUAUUGCAUGUACCAGGUUGUCGGACGAGAGUUCACUAAAGGUGGUUGGGGAUUUGCAUUUCCAAGAGAUUCUCCACUGGCGAUGGACAUGUCGACUGCGAUAUUAACACUAUCCGAAAACGGGGAUCUUCAAAAGAUACACGACAAGUGGCUAAACACGAGAGCUUGCAGUUUGCCGAACUCUUUAGAUUCGGAGCAGCUUCAAUUGAAGAGCUUUUGGGGUCUUUUCCUAAUAAGUGGAAUUGCAUGCUUGCUUGCUCUUCUACUCUAUUUUUGUUCCAUUUUCCACAAAUUUAAGCGCUAUUUUUCUGAACAACAAAUUACCAAUAUAUCCUCGUCUUCAUCUAAGAGGAGCAGCAGCUCGAGAUCCGUAAGAAUCCAGAAGUUUCUAUCGUUUGUGGAUCGGAAAGAAGACGAGUCGAUGAAUAAAACAAUGUCUCGGAGUAGACAAGAAUUCGUUGCUUCGUCGAGUGUGACCGAGAGAAAUGGAGCAGGAGUUUAUCCCGAUCACGAUGAGGGACAAAAUGGUAAUUAAUCAUCCUAACUAGCUAAUUUCAUUAACGUUCAAAAUACAUUCAUAUAUGAUAUAUCGUCACAUGCAUGAAUUAUGAAAUCAACUUACUAAUUAAUUAAGGUUUGUAUUAUGAAA